GCGUGAAUCGGUUCACAACCACAUCAAUAUACAGUCUUCAACAUGUCACGUAAAGGUGUCGGUCUAGCAGCGUUUGAUCGCUCAAAAAUCACCUCCGCUCAAUAUGCUUCCCACGGUAAUACUCUCAGAAGUUCACAUUCCACAUCUCUAGCAACGCAACUCUCCGUUUUCCGUUCUCUUCUCCAGCAGUUUGCUCAGACUCAUGCAAAGGAUAUCCGAUCAAACCCAAACUUUCGGGCUGAGUUUGCCAGGAUGUGUUCAGCUAUUGGUGUUGAUCCUCUUGCAAGUAGCAGUGGUAGUAGUGGCAAGGAUGGAGGAGGGAGUUUCUGGGCUCAGAUGCUUGGGGGAAGUGUGAAUGACUUUUAUUUUGAACUUGCCGUCAAAGUCGUGGAAGUUUGUGGUGCCACCAGAGAAGAAAAUGGCGGACUUAUUGGUGUCAAAGAAGUUAGAGAUAGAAUUAUGAGUACAAGAAUGGAGGGCUCGUCAGAAAUUACUGAGUAAGUGAAACGCCAGGUUGUAAUAAUGAACAAGGGCUAACAUAGUGCAGUGAUGAUAUCCUCCGUGCAGUAAACACUCUCAAGCCUCUUGGAUCCUCCUAUUCAACGCUCACCGUUGGCCACAAACUAUAUAUUCGUUCCAUUCCCAAAGAACUCAACACAGAUCAAAGUGCCGUUCUGGAAGCUGCUCAGAUGCUUGGCUAUGUCAGCGUUUCCAUGCUGAUGUUGAAUCUAAAAUGGCCAAGGGCACGAGCGAAGACAGCGAUUGAUGACUUGGUUUCUGAAAGUAUGUUGUGGGUUGACAUGCAAUCCGAAGAGUGGGGGUAUUGGAGCCCGGGCUUUAUGCUUGAAGCUGGAGAUGAUGGUGAUUUGGGAUGAAGCACUACAGAUCAAAGCCUCAGAAAACAAUUCAAGCAGAUGAUGGCCUUAAUGCUUGGCAUGAUGUCAACGACCGUCAGAAAUAAGGGAUAGCACAACUAUAUAUCGAAAUUGGUCGUCUUGAGGGAGGGUUGGCCUUUUGCUCACUGUGUUUGUGUAAGCGUGGCGGUGUGGAAAUUGCCGACUUGGAAAGGGUAGAGUACUUGUCACUGUUGGAUCAAUGGCUUUGAGCUGCAACAAAGCUUUGUGGGGAUCCCUCUACACUUUAGGUACCAUUGGAACCACUUGUGAAUUGCCACCGGCUUUCGAGUUGGUUGGUUGAGCAUUGCCUGGCUGAGGACUGAGAACUCGAGGACUGCCUGGAUGAGGGCUUCUCGGUUGCGGACUGCCAGCUUGGGGACUAUUUGGUUGAUUUCCUCCUGCUUUGGGACACUAUUUUAGAAUCCUUCGAUUCGGAGCUGCCUUUAGGGACCACCAGUCUUUGACUUACCUGUGUUUGUUCCGCCGCCAUGAAUUCCUCCAGUUAGUUCCACUUCCACAGGGAGGAUUAUUCAUUGGACCUAUAGGAAUGGGGGUAGAUGGCCGGCCAUAGUUCCUCCUCCUUCGACUCGAGUAGUCUACAGACUUGAGGCAGAGGAAUCCGCAAAAAAGGCCGACGAUUGACAAAACUAUGGCAACAACAACUAGAAUCACAGUGAGGGCCAUGUUUCUGAGUUUGGUGCUUGAGAUAAUCUGAUUGGAAGGAAGAAUUUGAAAGUAUUCUGAGUCUAGUUUACCCUGCUAUUUCAACUCCCUGGAACAGCCUGUGUCACAUAUUGUUUGCUGUUCAAGAGUCAACGUGCAACAAGACAAUUAUCGUACUACAGGAUUACCCGGAUGAAACUUGCAAGUUGGCAGUGCUCUCAUGCGAUCUAGGGCAGCUAUCCUUUGAAUGACAAACGGAGAUCCGUAUUCUGGUGUCACUCUUUGAAAACAAAUCUGACAAGAUCAUGUCACUGAACAGUGCCUCCAGUUGGACAGGAUGAGGGAUCCGUUGUUGUUCCUUCUUUCUAGAUUACUUGAAGACUGAAGACUGAAGUGAUUGUACAAACCCUUCAGAGAGAUUGCUUUAAAUUUCCUGAGAAAUUUUGGUUAAUUUAAUCGGUUGUUACUCGAAGCCGUGGGAACAAUUUCAAAAUCUGUAGGUAUACUGAAAGUUACGACAAUCAUGGAAUUAUUCAACCCUUUUGUUUCUGUCUAUUGCGAAAAUGUGUUUUCAUAGGUGGAUACUUGAUUUCAUUGCACAACACUAAUUGGAGAUGAUAUAGAAACACGAUUUUGCAACCAUUUUAAGUCUGC